UUUUUUUUUUAACUCCAGAAAAACAAAAAAAAGGGACAUGACGCAACUUUAGCAACUUGUCAUGUCGACCAACACAGUAUUUUUCCCAGGCAUUUCCAAGAUUCCUUAUGUUCCUGAUGCCAGUGUGAGAGAUGUGCUGUGUUUCAAAUAUUAUAAUGCAUCCGAGAUUUUGCUGGGCAAGACGAUGGAGGAUUGGCUCCGAUUCUCUGUGUGUUACUGGCACUCGUUCUGUGGAACUGGUGCUGACCCAUUUGGAUCUCCAACCCUGCGCAGGCCUUGGAAUGAAGGAGACGGCGACAUGGAGAUAGCGAAGAAAAGACUCAGCGCUGCAUUUGAGUUCUUCACCAAGCUUGGUGUGAAGUACUACACCUUUCAUGACAGGGACAUGGCCCCUGAGGGACGCACUCUGGAGGAGUCCAAUAGGAACCUGGAUGAGAUAACAGACUUGGCACUGGAGCUGCAGAAGCAGACUGGUGUGAAAGUGCUGUGGGUCACCUGCAACCUGUUUGCUCAUCCCAGAUAUAUGAAUGGAGCUGCGAGCAGCCCGGACUGCCAUGUUUUUGCCUUUGCUGGAGCUCAGGUGAAGAAAGGUCUAGAGAUCGCCAAGAAACUGCAGGCUGAGAACUUUGUGUUCUGGGGAGGUCGUGAAGGCUUCCUCUCCGCACUCAACACAGACAUGGCGGCUGAACUCAGGCACAUGGCCAGCUUUUUCAAAAUGGCCGUGGCUUACAAAGAGAAGAUCGGCUUAAAAUGCCAGUUUCUUAUUGAGCCCAAGCCGAAAGAACCAUGCAAGCACCAGUACGAUUAUGAUGCAAUGAGCGUUAUUGGCUUUCUUAAGCACUUUGGACUGGACAAAGAUUUUAAACUGAAUAUCGAGCCCAAUCACACGACCCUGGCUGGACAUUCUUACGAACACGACAUCAUCAUGGCCUCUGUGUUUGGCAUGCUUGGGUCUGUGGACGCCAACACAGGCUCUCCUGACUUGGGCUGGGACACGGAUCAGUUCCCCAUGGACAUCAGAAAUACGACCUUGGUGAUGAAGGCUGUUAUUGAGCAGGGCGGCCUGCAGCCUGGAGGUUUAAAUUUUGAUGCCAAGGUCCGGAGGGAAUCGACUGAGCUGGAGGAUUUGUUCAUCGCUCACAUUGGCGCCAUGGAUGCUUUCGCUCGGGGCCUCAGAAACGCAGCCAAGAUUUUUGAGGAAGGAGUUAUGCAAAAUAUGCUGCGGGAACGCUACAUGAGCUUCAGCCUUGGAAUUGGACAGAAGGUGGAAGAGUCCAGUUGCUCACUGGAGGACCUUGAGGAGUUCAUCAAGCAAAACGGAGAGCCUAAAGUGACAUCAGGGAAGCAGGAACAAUAUGAAGCAGUCUUUAAUCAUUACUUGUGAGAAUGUAUGAAUAAAUCUGGGUCUAUGAAUACGGAAAACCUUAGCGAGUACAUUUACUUGUACAAGCUAAUAUAAUAAUUGCAAUAAAAUAUAAAAUAAUCCAUCAAUAUGUUUACAUGCAGCUAAUUCAAUACAAAUUUAUUUAUAUAGCGCGUUUAACAAUGGACAUUGCCACAAUGCUUUAUGGAAAUCCUGAUAUAAAAUUACCUGGGUCAAGUAAUCUGACAAUAGUAAAACUCUGGGUUUACACGACUCAAUCGGUAAUCAUAUAUCAUUCGGAAUACCCACUGAAAUAGGACAGGAUGUUAAGUUUAAAUUUCCAAAAUGAUGUCCUUCGUUCAUUUCAUAAACAGAUUUCUUGAAAUCCAAUAAUGAUUUAUUAAAUAAUGUUAUAAGUAUCACCUCUUGAAUAGUUGUCAGGAUAGUGAGAUCAUAAUCAUGUUAUCACUUAAGAUUUCACUAAAAUAAACAACUACAGCCUAUUGACUACCCAAUACAGGAGGCAGGCAGAGAUGCAGGGAGGCAGCAAGAGAGCAUACACGCAUAAAAGAAAGGGAAAAGGCGGAGUGGAGUGAAGAAAGGUGAGGGGAAAUAAUGGACACAUGAAACACCCAUGACUAAUUUUGGCUGAUUUUGUGUGCAUCAAUUGGUGGUUUUACGAAAUA